CCCUGGAUAUUACUGUCCCAAUGAUACCAUCAACGUUCAUGGCAUUCCAUGCAGACCUACCUAUGAAUGCCCAGAAGGAGCCUCAAUUGAAGUUGUGUGUCGACCUGGACAUUAUUGUGAAGGGGUAACUGGUGAUCCACCGAUUUGCCCAGGUGGUUAUUAUUGUCCGUUAGGAUCCAGUUUCUAUACUCGCUGCUUCUUUCCUAAAUAUUGUCCGGAAGGUAGCGAGGUUCCAGUUGAGUGUCCUCUUGGAUACAUGGCUGUCAACCAUGCUAAUAUCAGACCAGAUAUUGAUGGUUCAUGUCAGAUAUGUCCAGCAGGUACUUAUGGUAAUCAUACUGAACGGUAUGAGUGUCGCAUUUGCCCAGCUGGUUACUACUGCCCAGAAGGAACCGGAGAUCCUAGAGACAACCCCUGCCCCAUUGGAUACUAUUGCCCGGCUGGUUCUGGUUCCCCUACUCCAUGUCCCAUGGGAAUGUAUGGAAACAUAGAGAAAGCCCAACGAUAUGAUCAGUGUUAUGAUUGCCCUGAAGAUACAUAUAAUGACAUGCUUGGGCAGCAAGCCUGUCGACCGUGUGGAAGCUCUGCAUAUGCUCCUCCUGGCAGUCCUAUGUAUCUGUGAGGGUGCGAACCGAGCAUUCCAGACAUCUAAUGGAGCUUGUGUAUGUUGGAGUGGUUAUAUAUAUUACAAUCAGAUUGACGAUAAAGAAACUUCCGGAAACGACGCAAGUGAUUGUCAGCCACAAGUAGAUAUGCGUUGUGAUAUUACUCAGCUGCGACUUGCUAGUUCCAGACAGUGUGUGGAUCCCAAUAGCUAUGACUGUACACCUGCAUGUGGUGUUGACGGGGGAACACUUAAUAUUAAUCUUGCCAGGUGUCAGUGUACUUCCUAUGUUACACCACAAGAACUAUGUGACACAGUCUGUGAAGCCACAUCACCUACUAUUGGUGGCACACUGAAUGCCGCAGCACAGCUACAGAUAGUUACUACAGAUCCUUUGACAGGCGAUAGCACUACUGAGACUGUCCCUAACACUGUUGGCCCAAGUCAACACACAUCUGGCACCAAAUUAACUAUCAUUGUUAGCUUUACUACAACUGAAAUACAAGGUCAUAUCAUCACAGACAAGGAACAGAUGGACAUCUUGCAAACACCAAUUACUGCUUCUCCCAGCUAUGUACCAGCAAGUGCGAGACGAAAACUUCUACAGUCAGCGUCGCCAGUUACCAAUGUACCGUAUAUUCCUAAUCCGGUUAUAUGUCUGGAGAUAGAAGAUAUGAUUGUGUUCCGUAUUUACAUUGACGAAACUGACCGAAGUCUCAGCAAUUAUCCCGUGUAUGUAAAGGACCAUUUGUAUAACUCCAACCCAACAUUUGACUACGGGGCGUUCACAGAGUUGAAAUUCCUCGUCGAGGAGACAAACCUAACAAUCUGGACAUUCGCACAUGUGUUCACUGAAGCAGGAGAGUUUGUUUUUGCUGAUGCACAGGAGCCAGACAGAGAGAUGAUUAUAUCGGUCAAACCAGAUGGUGCUAUCUGUGAUGACAGCCAGAAUCGUAUUCAGCCAUCAUCACCUUCAAACUUAGUUUACUAUGGUGUCACUCGAAAUAAUGUUUUAAAUGAGGAACCAGACUGGGGGCUUGUUAUAGGUAUGCUUGCAUUCCUCGCUGCAUGUAUUGUCAUGGUGAUAGUUGCUGUUAUUGUGUGGCGACCUCGUAAUGCUGGUAUUUAUCCAAUGAAAAUGUGGAAACCCAAGUAUCGUAAUGUUGGUGCACCUCCACAGAUCCCACCCUAUUUACAGUACUGUGACUAUGAUAGAGAGGAAAUUGUUUUUGGACCACGUGGUAUACCAGAUGGGAUAGAAGGUGGACUUGCUUAUAAAUCUACAGAGAAUGGAGAAUUGGAAGAUUUCAAUGCACGGACAUUCUAUGAUAAGUUGGAAGACCAGACACUGUACCUGAAUGCACAGUUAGCCAAACAUAGGGAAGAACUGAAAAACUUCUAUGAUAGAAUCAGUCGACAGAAUGACGAGUUGAAGAACAUGUUAAAUAACUUAGACUUGUCGAAACUUGAAGAGAUUGAGAAGAACCGACGGCGUCAAGCAUUGCGUGAUGGUGCUGCUGAAUCGGGUAUGACAGGCGCUGGAGCUACUGUGGUUAAUACUACUAUCCGUGGAGGUGACGUGACCCGCCAGUAUAAUUUAGGUGGCAGUUCACGUGAUCAAGAACUCAUGCAAGCAUUACAGUUACUUCUAGAGCGGAUCAACUCAGGUAGCAUCCCACUUUCAAUAGAUAUCCUGAGACAAGCCGGUCUUGGAGGUAAUCUUGGUACCUACAAUAUCUAUGGUAAGACAGUAUCUGGAAGAGGGUCAAGUGCUGAUCUGGUUAAAAGACAAGGUGCUGAAAGGAUGCAAUUAGAAAAAGAACUACAUGAUGAUGAAGAUAAGGAAAUGGAUAAAUUAUCUGAAGAGCAUGAGAAUAAACGACAAGAAGUUCUGCAGAAGAUGUCAUCCAAAUUAGCAUCUCAGUUGGAUGGUGAUCUUUCACAAUCUGAGGUUGAUCGAAUAAUGUCCGAUCACGAAAAGGAACUAGCUGCACUGCUGGCCAGAUUAGAUGGACAAAAGCAGAGACAAACACAAGAUCUGCGAGAUAGACUCGCACAACGCCGAAAACAGAAAGAGAAAACACUUCGAGAGAAGCAUGUCAAAGAGGCUGAAGAAGCUGGUAUACCACCUCCAGAGGAGAAGAAAGGAGACUGUGAUAAUCAGCUAAAGUUACACCAAUCAGUGAUAGACACACUGCAUGCAGAGGAAUCUACCGCCCUGGCCAAAGCACUGACGAAACAAACAACUGAAAGCACACAGGAACAACAACAGAAACUCUCUGAGAACCUAGCUAAUGCAAUAGAAUCAUUGGAGAACACUGGUGUUAUUACAAUAGAUGAGAAAGAAGAAAUGAUAGCAGCACAGAGACAAUCAGAGAGGGUGGCUCUGGAUAAAAUGGACAAGAGACAAGCUGUACAGGUUAAUGCAUUGAAAGAUAGAAUGGCAAAAAAGAAAAGGAAACAAAUCAGAGAUUUGAAAAGUAAACAAGAUGCAGAGUUAGAAAAGGUAAACAAACAAUUUGAUGUUAUUAUGA